UCGGAAGAGGAAGAAAUGUACCCAGAUCGCCCUCUUUAUGGGUUCAGGGUACAAGCUUCACAAUACUCAAGAGCCUCUUCAUUUUUAAUCCACCGCAGUGAGUGAACAAUGAAGACGACGCAGAUUGUAGCAGUGCUGAGCUGCGUGGCGCUUGCUCUGGCACCAGCAUCGAUCGACGCGGUGCGGUCCCUCCGUGCCGAAGAUGUAAUGACUCCGUCUCCUCUGGAUGCGUUCAAGGUUGCGAUUGCGAAGUUCGAGAAGAAACCUGCGAGUCGCCGACUUAACAGCGAUGAAGACGAAAAGGAAGUUAUCAAGAAGUUUACCAAAGCUAUGGAAAAGAUGAAGAAGAAUGGACGAGCUUGAAUGACGACGCACAAACAAUAGGCCGCAAUAAACAGAGACAAUUGUGAGUCUUUUCCUCAUAUUCCAAUCCCAAAAAUCACUAGAGUGCCCACUUGCA